AUGUGCCAAACCUCCCAGGGUUUGCUGACACCCGAGGGCCGCCGCGUCCUGGGCGCCCUGUCGUACUUGGUCUUCAACCCGGCCCUCAUAUUCGUCAAACUGGCAAGUACGUUGACUCCCGGCCGCCUGCUUCAUUGGUGGCCUCUGGUACUUAACACGGCCAUCAGUACCGCUGUGGGCCUGAUCCUGGGUUAUGCGGGUGUACGGCUGGUACGGCCACCACAACCCCUGAAGCCACACACCGUGGUCGCGAUUGCACUGGGCAACCUGGGUAACCUGCCGCUGGUGAUCGUAUCCUCCCUGGCGUCCUCCUCCGCGGAGUUGCUUCACGGCAUUCCGGCUGACCGCGCCGAGGACCUGGCCGUGAGCUACGUGGUGGUGGGGCUGCUGGUGCCCGUCAUUGCGCACGCAACCAUAGGCUUCAGUAUGCUACGGAAACACGAUUCCGACCUCAGCUGCGGCCACGACACGCCAGCGCGCGCUGAUGACCACUCAGCGGCGGCGGCGCCGCCGCCGGCCGCCGCCGGCGGCGAGCAGUCGACGGCGGCAGCGGAUGCCGCCAAGGUGCCGGACAAGUCGCGAGGAGGUGACGGAGGUGGGGAUGACGGAGUGGUGGUGAUGAUGUUGGAAAAGGAAGAGGAGGAGCGCCGACGCCAGAAGCGGCCGCUGCUAGAGGAGCAUCGGCGGCAACUAGCCGGAGGGAGCGGAUGUGGCGCCGUCAUCAACAACAACAACAACAACAGCAGUAGCAGCUGCUGCUGCGAUGCGCUGCGGCCAAAUGGGUCGUGGGGAAGUGGGCUGGCGGCGGGUGCCGCCGCCGCCGGCGGUGCAGCGACAGCGCCGCAAGCUACAGCACCGGCGGAGGGCGAGGAAGAGCCGUACGGUAUUUCCCGCCAUUCUCAACAGCAACAGCCGCAGUCGUACACGACGGGUCUGCGGUUGCGACGAUCGAGCUCGGACCAGCUAGUUAUGGAGCCAUCUUCUGCGCCACCGGUCGAGUCGCCAUCGUCAUCGUCUUUUGUACGACUGCUACAAGGCUGUACGGCAGAUUGCCUGCGGCCGGAAGACACUGACCCAUUGUUGCGACGGCGAUCGCCGCCGCCGCUGCAGCAUCCCACCCUACAGGCGCCUGACUCUCCGGACGACCCACCAAUGGCGGUCUUUGGAGACUCUUCUGGUCGUGUGGGGUGUGUGAGGCCCUUACAACAGGCACUGUUCAAUGGCGGCGGUACGGCGGCGCCGCUGCUGGCAUUGCUGACGGACUGUCUGAGUAUGUUGGGCGAGUGUACCAUUCCCUCCAUUUUGUUGCUACUGGGGGCAACGUUAGCCAACGGUCCCGGCGCCGGGCGCGUGCCGUUUCGUGUCAUCGGCCUGGUCAACAUCACCCGACUGACGCUGUUGCCGCUGCUGGGGCUUGGCGUAGUGAUGGGCGCGUACGCGGUGCGGCUCUUUGAGGCACCGGAUCCGAUCUACCUGCUGGUGCUGCUUAUUCAGAACACGGCGCCCACCGCCAUCAUGGUGCACACAAUGGCGUCAGUCCAUGGUAACCGAGCCGAGGAGGUCUCAGCCAUUCUCUUCUGGGGCUACAUCAGCGGCAUCGCAGUUAUCCCUCUAUGGCUGACGCUCUUUCUGUACGUCGUUAAGCUGCAGUACAGUCCCGUGAUCAACCCGUCCGUGCACUCAAUGCCCUUCUGCAGAGUUCCCCUCUCUCGCGGCCUCUUUGACCACGAUACCGCACUUCCCAUGACAGUACAGCAGCAGAGAUCGCUUUGGGUCGUUGGUUAAACUAGGUCAGAUUAGAACAUACGAUGCCCCUCAUGUUUCUUCAUGCCACACACACGUUGUGCAUUGUGCCACACAACAACGGUUCUUCUAGUCCACCUGUUCCGUGCUGCAGAGCUGCGCGGCGUGGCGCAAUGUGUCGACAAAGUAUGCCUUUAUUUUGGAACGGCACGGCAUUGGCGCAGAACGCCACGACCAGCGGUGCAAGCGAGCACCCCCCCCAAAACCCCCGAAAUUUUCGGAACUGUGGAGACUUCCGAAACGUGAACCAACGCAACUGACUCUUGAGGACUUACCCCAAGCCCAACUCGGCCCUUGCAAGGUUGGCGUGUUGUGUAACGGAAGGCUUGCGACAUGCCGACCCCCGGGAGCCCAGAGAGCAGAUGCAAAGAUGUGGGUGCUGGUUGCCGCGCUGCGUGGGCCAGGUCUCCCAUCACACCCCCGAUGCCAUAUGCAAAACCAGAGCGUUCUGGCCCCCUCGUUCUGCCCUUCCCUUCCCAGCCGACAGCCAUGCCGCCUAUUCUUUUGCCUACCAUGACCUACCACGAAAGAGCAGGCCAUGUUGCUCUUGGCGUACAACGAAAGAAGCUGCUCACGAGCUGAGAACAAACAAAAACACUGUCGGAAGCGCCCAUGUGAACGUGUUCCUCAACAGUUUUUCAGUAAACGCGUCCCGUCCUGCU